ACAGCAGUGAAGACACAAAAGGGUGUCUCAGUUCAGUCUGCCGGGCGCAGCAGCAGCAGCAGCGCGAGCUCCGUGAUCUCGUGCACGGUACAGCAGCAUCCUCCCCUGCCCACAGCAGACCAGGACACCUGGCAGCUCAUCCCUAUGGCCACGUCCUCAUGAUUAAAGACAAUGACGGUCGGAGCAUCUGAGAGCAGCACGGUUUAAAGAGCUAUCAGUCAACACAUCUCCUGUGGUAACUGGUCCCUCCCACUGGAAGAAUGAGCUCCUCCCCCCUGGUAUCCCGCGCCUCCAUCGACAUCCUGGAGGAGCUGCAGCUUAUCGCAGCCCAGAACCUGGAGAAGUUAGAUAUUAACAAGUACUAUGAGGUCAUCAGAGAGCUGGGCAAGGGCACCUAUGGCAAGGUGGAUCUGGUCAUCCACAAGAUCAGAGGCACCAAGAUGGCCCUGAAGUUCUUACGGAAGAAAACCACAAAGCUGAAGAGCUUCCUGAGGGAGUACAGCAUCUCGCUUUACCUUUCCCCGUGCCCCUUCAUCAUCAACAUGUACGGGAUUGCCUUUGAGACGGACGAGUACUAUAUAUUCGCUCAAGAGUACGCGCUAGCCGGGGAUCUCUUUGACAUCAUCCCCCCUCAGGUGGGUCUCCCAGAGAGCGUGGCCAAGCGAUGCGUGCACCAGGUGGCCAUCGCCCUGGACUACCUGCACUGCAAGAAGCUGGUGCAUCGAGACAUCAAGCCUGAGAACAUUCUCAUCUUCGACAAGGAGUGCCGGAAGGUCAAGCUUUCAGACUUCGGUAUGACGCGGCGGGCUGGCUCUCCGGUUAAGAGGGUGAGCGGCACCAUACCGUACACUGCACCCGAGCUGUGCGACCCUGGACGGCAGGAGGGCUUUCGUGUGGACUAUAGUACAGACGUGUGGGCGUUUGGCGUACUUCUCUUCUGCAUGCUGACGGGAAACUUCCCGUGGGAGAAGGCGAUGCCGUCGGAUGCCUUCUACGAGGAGUUUGUUCGCUGGCAGCAGCGGCGGAGAAGGGCCAGUGCAGCACCUUCGCAGUGGCGUCGCUUCACUGAUGAGGCACUGCGCAUGUUCCGCCGCCUGCUGGCCAUCGAGCAGGACCGUCGCUGCUCUGUCAAGGAGGUGUUUGCCCACUUCAACCACUGCUGGAUGCUGGACACGGAGAACGGCAAUGCGAUCACGCAGUCAGGAGAAACCACCAACAACAACAGCAACGUGGUGGUGAACGGGCACCUGCCUGAGCUGAGCUCCUCUUCGUCGGACGAGGACGAGCUGGUGGACCGUCUGAAGCAGCAGAGUCUGUCGCCUGCCUGCGUCGUCAUUGAGCCUGUGACGUCGCACUACGCCAACAUUACCGCCAACAUUUCCGCCAACAGCUCACCCUCUUCAAACGGCAGCUACGAACGAGUUUCCCGCGACAGCAACGCCAACACCGGCCGCAUCCUCGUGGCCACACCCAUUGAAAUCUGCGUGUAAGGACUGCGUAUAAGUCUGUCAUAGGAUGGGACGCACUUUUCUGGAGCACAGUGAGGUCUCCAGCUCUUGAACAUAGAAGAAAACAAACGUGAGAACAAAAGAAAAAAGCUCUCAUGUCUCUAGCGGAGGCUUCCCAGACAGACUUCGGCUUCAGACUUCAGCUGUCAAAUGUUCCUUAUGACGGACGAGCGUGUUUCUGAGGGAAUGACAGAGACAGACAUGGGUAGGAGACAAUCACGUACGACGGAUUGUGUACCUGAGGGAUUGUGCUCCAAAAAAUAAAAAAUAAAACAGUCUACAACAGUCCAACGGAUACAAAACAUGAAAUAAUGAAACAAUAACUGGUUGAGAAACUACUUGACAAAACUUGUGUUGGUCACCAGAGCACUGUAAGCAAUAUGUUAAUCGUUUUGCAAAAAAAAAAAAGAAAAGAAGUCAGAAGCUGGAAGAGACUCGUUUUCAAAUGAUGGAGUGACUCAUAAUGUCAUAUUGUGAUUUUUUGGAAGUGGUACUAUUUUGUGCGACGUCCAUUCGGUCAGUGGGUUAGUAUUGGUUAGUAUUACAAAAAAUGUAGUUUCUUUUCGUUUAGAUUUAUUUUGUUGCGUUAUUUAUUUCGGUCUUGCGCUCCUGACUUUUUGCUAUUUAUUUUCUACUGUAGCAUUACUAUUAGAGUAAUAAUACCCAGUUGCCAUUACAGUGAGUUGAAUUGUAAAAAAAAAAAUGUUUACUUCCUCUAAACCAAAUCUUUCCCCAAUAAGAAUCCCCCAUGAAUCUUCCAGGAGUCUUGAGGAAUCUGAACAGUAGAUGCAUGCCGUAUUCUGUGUGUUGCCGUGUGGUGCGUUUGUGAGUCAGCAGACUGGUCCUUGGAUUUGUCCUGAAUGGGUCUUCUCACUGUGAGCAAGGCCUGGGCAGCUCGGAUGAUGUUAUCGAUGUAAUCACAGAGCAUACACAGAUGCCGCUGAUGUCGCUACCCGGAGCACAGAGGGUAUUUAGUCCUUGUUGAAAAAAUAGGGCUGUGUUAUACCAUCGAGCAUGCCAGCGAUUCAGAGGCGCUGAUACCCACAUGGUUCACUUGGAUCACUUGGAUGCUACUGACUGUUGUAUGAAGGAAAGCUCUUGAAGGAUUCAGGUGACUUGAAGAAAGUGUUUUAUAAGGAUUUCUCAGGUAUAUGAAGGCUCCGUACUGUGUAAUAUUUCCCAACAAAUCUAGUUUUGUUGAGUCUUGUUAUUUAAAGGCAAUGAGGAACAAUAUGGGUUAACCUUUGUAAGUCAACGUCACCACUGACAUGUGUGCCAUGACAAAGCAGCCCGAACUUAAGAGGAAUUAUUCGUACAUAUGCGACUAAAUCACCAGAUUAGGAAUCAUACAACGUGUACUAAAUAUAGCAAACCAUUUAUUUGUAUUACCUGAAGCACUAAUCUUUUAAACUAAAAUGCAGUAGUAUUACUGAAUAUUCCACAAUUUUCAAAUUAAUGGUAUCAAUGUCCUGGCACAAUCAUUCCUGUGACCUCUAAUAUAUUCACUCAAAAAAUGGUCUGGUUGGUUUCUAUAUUUCUCUCUAUAUUUUGACAGUAUUUGAUAAAUGAACCAAACUCUACACUCAAAACAACUGUGUGAAUUUAACAUAGUAAUUUAUUUAAGUUAACCUGCAUUAAAAAUACUCACCAGAGAGGUCUCUUAAUCCCCUAAACUUAUGGAUUGUUGCCCAAACUUGAACUUAACCUCCUACCCC